AUGGGCAAUGAUUCCAAACUAGUAGACACUCUAUUGCAUCGGCUUGCUACAGCCUUCAAGAUUCGAGAUCUCGGCACACCGGGUUUCUUUCUAGGCAUCGAGAUGGUAUCAGCAGGAGAUUGUGUGAUACUCUCGCAACGUCGAUAUAUGUCAGACCUCCUAGGACGGUCCGGAAUGGUUGCACUCAAGCCACUAUCCACGCAUGCGGCUGUGACAAAGUCAGCAACACCGUCUGAUGACCUGUUUGAUAAUCCGACACAGUAUCGACGCAUUGUCGGCGCCUUACAGUACUUAACUAUCACGAGGCUUGAUCUAGCCUAUGCAGUAAACCGCCUAUGUCAAUUUAUGCAUACACCCACAACAGAACAUUGGGGUUUAGUGAAACGAGUACUUCGCUACAUUAAAGGGACAUUAGAUUAUGGUUUGCGGCUCACUCCGUCCUCCUCAUCUGGCAUUCAUGCUUUCUCAGACUCUGACUGGGCUGGCUGUCCCAUAGACAGGAAAAGUACAAGCGGGUUUGCUGUUUAUCUGGGUUCUAAUCUGAUCUCGUGGCUGUCGAAGAAGCAGCGGACCGUGGCUCGAUCUUCCACUGAAGCAGAGUACAAGGCUUUGGCUGAUGUAUUCGCCGAAGUCACGUGGGUGGUUUCCUUGCUUCGGGAGCUUGGGUUAUACUCUGGAGGUCCGGCAACGCUAUGGUGUGAUAAUCUAGGGGCUACCUAUCUGUGUGCUAAUCCAGUGUUUCAUGCUCGGACUAAGCACGUGGAAAUUGACUACCAUUUUGUCCGUGGCAAGGUUGCUUCAGAAGAGUUUGUUGUUAAUUAUGUUUUUACUGCCGAUCAGUUUGCCGAUAUCUUCACCAAGCCGUUAUCUGCACCGAGGUUUACUGCUCUGCGUGACAAGCUCAAUGUUGCUACUGCCCAACCUUGUGCUUGA